UAAUUUACUAAAACCCGGCAAAAACCCUAAUUGCCCGAGGCACAGAAAGGAGAGAUGGGAAGGUCAAGAAGGAAAUACAGGGAAUCGAGAGCAAAGGUAAGCGUAGGUCUACCUAAGAGGAACCCAAACGUUUUCAAGGCAGCAUUUAAUUUCCCUCCAAAGCUUCGUUCUUUAGUUGACGCCGAUCGUUCCAAAUGGGACGACAAAGCUAGCGUCAUCCAAAACUACAAAUCAUUCGGCGUUGUUUCGAACCCUAACUUGCUCGGUGUUCGAUCCCGCACUUCUCACAUCGUUCAGACCGAAUCGCUCCAAGUCCCUCCUUCGCCACCUCCUGAAGGUCCCAUAGACGAAUUCGAACCCACCGAUUCCGGCAGCGAUCUCGAAGAAGAUGAUCUGAAAUCAGCCCUUGGGAAGAAACGGAGAGAUGGGAAAAGUGCACCAUUGCAACCAUUGACCACUAUGCAACGUAUUCAUAUUGGGCGGCUCAUUGAAAAAUAUGGAGAUAACUACCAGGCUAUGUUCAUGGAUUCAAAAUUAAAUGUGAUGCAGCAUUCAAUUGCAACUCUUGAGAAAUUCUGCAAAAGAUAUCUCUCUUAUAGAGAUAAGAAUCCCCUAAUCUUGUCUUGAUUGAGAAUUAGUUUGGUUUAGUUCCAAGAUGUUGUGCAAGUAUGAUGCAAGUUAUUUUCAUUGAAUGGGAAAUCAUUUGUCCAGUUUUCUAUGUCUUAA